UCCGCCGCGGGGCACGUCUCUUGUGGCCCACAGCUCCACGCGUUACGUACGUAAACAUAUAACACGUAACUUUGUACUCACUAUUUGAACUUUGUUGAAUCAGUGCUGCAGACUAGAAGUGAUGGCUGGGAGUGUGUCGUGAGUGGUGUGCCAGUGUGAGUGCACAGAGUGCCAUGUUAUUAGUUCAUCAGUGAGGGAUGUCUGGCUGCUGACAGCGGCAGGUGUUGCGACUCGGCUCGCUGCCGCUGCUUCUGAUUUUUAUAACUCUUGCAUGUCCGAGGGGCGUGACGAGAGCGUCGCGCGGCUGCCGGCGAGCUGAGAUGUUCACGAAGAAGAUUCGCCACCACAAGAAGUACAAGGUGCGGUGAAGGGCGCCAUGCGAUAGAGCACGAUGCUGGAGGAAGGCGGCCGCGAGCUAGGCAAGCGCGCGUACGGCGCCGAGCGCUGCUGCGGCGGGCGGCCCGCCUGCUGCCGUUGCGCACACCAGCGCCGAGCCUCGCCGCUCACCUGCCUCGCCAUCUGCUUCCUCGUGCUCACCUACAACCUGCUCGGCGGCUUCCUGUUCCUAGCCCUCGAGGGCAACGCAGUCGCCGAGGAGACCGCUGUCGCCGCCUCCAAGCCCAACCUUAGCCAGGCUCAAGGCGUCAGCAACGAAAUCAGAUCGAAGACGGUCGAGCGGCUGUGGUCGAUAACGGAAGACUUGAACAUCUUGUACAAAGAGAACUGGACGAAGCUGGCGGCGAAGGAGCUGCUGGAGUUCCAGAAGGUGCUAGUGAAGUCGAUGCGCGGCGGAGCGGUGCGGGCGCGCCUCGCGCUCGACGCCGACAGCGACUACCGCUGGACCUUCUCCACCAGCUUCCUGUACGCGCUCACGCUCAUCACUACCAUCGGGCACGGCAACGUGACUCCGAAGUCGAGCGCGGGGCGCGCGGUGGCGGUGGCGUACGCGUGCGUGGGCAUCCCCAUCAUCAUGCUGUACCUGUCCACCAUCGGCGCGGCGCUGGCGCGCAACUUCCGCGUGCUGUACUCGCGCCUGUGCCCCGCGCGCCUCGCUCACGACAGCUUCCACAAGAAGGCCGACUGCCUGGCGCGCUACACGCUGCCCGGCGAGUGCAAGCAAUACGACUGUGACAAACGAGACUUAUACGAUAGACAAAAAAGGACUCCGUUUCAAGCGGCCUUGAACUUGGAUAGCUUCAGUGGCGGUUAUCAUUGGACGUGUCGGGACCAUACGCGAGUGCCAAUUAUAUUAAGUUUACUGCUCAUCGUACUGUACAUAGCAUUAGGGACUUUCGUGUUCAAUACGACGGAGAGGUGGACCUUGGUGGACGGAUGUUACUUCUCGUUCUCGAGCUUGGCGACGAUCGGCUUCGGGGACCUGAAGCCCGGGCUGUACGCCAGCACGGUGUCGGCCAAGGCCGAGGACAUCGCCGUCGGCGUGUGUUGUAUCUACAUCCUCGUGGGGAUCGUGGUGAUCGCGAUGUGCUUUAACUUAAUUCAAGAGGACAUGAGUGUGGUGGUGCGCGGGUUCACGUCACUGUGCGCGGGCGCGGCCAAGUCGCGCGCCGUGCACAGCGCGGAGGCGGUGUGCGACGACAAGAUAUCCAUGUCAGUGGUGUCCUGACACCACGAGACGGCCGACUCGGGGCCGUCUGUAGCGUUCGCCGGCUGCGAGAAACGGCAGCAGGUCUCAUUUAAAAUAGACUCUUUAAAUCCAACGAAAUUUAAUAGUUUGCCGAGGCGGAAGUCCUCUAACUAUGGUGAAGAGAGUUUCCAAAGAAACACGCCGGCGCGGCGGUCCGCCGGCCACGCCGACAAGUGCGUGGAGUACUUCGUGCCGCGCAGCCUCAGCGAGUUCAACCUGAGCGGCGCGGCCGGCGAGCUGUACGAGCUGGCGGCGUUCAGCGAGCG